GGCGACGGUCGGUGGGAAGCGGGCGAUGCGGCGAUCCGGGUCGGCUCGGGCGUCGUCGUCGUCGUCGUUGGGGGCCCCGCUGCUGGGCGCGCUGCUGGGGCUUCUGACGCUGGGGCCCGCCGGCCUCGGCCCGCGUCCGGCGGGCGCCCAGUCGGUGUGGACGGCUUGGCUGAACGUGUCGUGGCGGCUGCCGGGCAGCAACGCGUCGGCGUGGAACGCGGACGAGGGCGGCCUCUUCGGGCUGGACUCGCCGGUGCGUCCGGCCGCCGGGCUGGUGGUGGCCCCGGACGCCCGCGAGGGGCUGAACGCCUGCAGCCCGCGGAGCAACUUCUCCGGGGCGCCCGCGCACCAGCCCUGGGUGGCCCUGGUGCAGCGCGGCGGGGGCUGCAUGUUCAGCGUCAAGAUCAACGCCGCCGCCCGGCUCCGAGCCCAGGCCGUGGCCGUCUUCAACUACGACGGCGCCGCCGGGCCCGAGGUGCAGACCAUGACCCACCCGGGUACGGGAAACAUCGUGGCCAUCAUGAUUAGCUACGCCAAAGGCAGAGAAAUCCUCCAGAAGAUUGAAAGGGGCUACCAGGUGACCAUGGCUAUCGAAGUAGGGAAAAAACACGGCUCGUGGAUGAAUAAUUACUCCAUUUUCUUCGUCUCGGUCUCCUUCUUCAUUGUCACCGCCGCCACGGUGGGGUACUUCAUAUUUUACUCCACUAGAAGGCUCCGGGUUGCCAGGGCCCAGAACAGGAGACAGAGACGGCUGAAAGAGGACGCCAGGAAAGCAAUUGGGCAGCUACAACUGCGUACAUUAAAACAGGGAGACAAGGAAACGGGCCCUGAUGCAGACAGCUGUGCGGUGUGCAUUGAAGCGUACAAACCAAAUGAUGUCGUCCGAAUUUUAACCUGCAACCAUCUGUUUCACAAGAGCUGUAUUGAUCCCUGGCUGCUGGAGCAUAGGACCUGCCCCAUGUGUAAAUGUGACAUACUGAAGGCUUUGGGAAUUGAGGUGGACAUAGAAGAGCGAGGAGAAGCGACGCAAGCCCCCACGGCAUCCAGUGAAGCUUCUAACGUCCCUUCGGUUAACGAAGAAGAUAACCACAGCGAGACCGCCUCAUCCGGGUACGCUUCCGUGCAGGGAGCUGAGGAACCGGCUCCGGAGGAGCGUGUUACUCCAGAGAGUGACCACCUCCAUCUUGUCAACGCUUCGCAGAUGCCCGAGGUGGACACGCUGCCCCAUCUUGACAAUCCCGGCUUCGAAGGGGACGAAACCCAAGAGCAGCCGGUGAAAUCCUAGGUGCUGUUUGGCGCAAGACUGCAGAUCUCUCGAGGCAAACCAGCAUCCCAGACCGAUGUAGCAGCAACGUUCCCCUUUGACCACCCUCCCGUGCCCCCCACCCCGAGAUAAAAUACACAAUUUUAAGAUUGCAAGUGUCUGGAGUGGCCUUGCUCAUUCACUUUCUUUCUUUCCUGAAUUAGUCUUCCUUUUUAGUAUUACUGAUUCUUUUGCUUCUGGCUCCAUCCAGGAAAAAGCAUCAAGCAUCCUGCGAACAAGACACCCGAGCAUUCUCACGUUUUCCUGCAGUAGAAACUUCAGCCGUUCAUCCUACAGAAGCAUUAACCCAUCGGAAAAAUACACACACAGACACACACCAAUCUUCAAAUUAAGUUUAAAUUAAUCGAGUUAGCUUUGUUAAAAAUUCUUUUAAAGCUUUCGGGUGUCGAAACCACUGGGGGGGCCGUGCCUGUAUGCUGCUUUUCAGCCCUGGUUUUGAAUCCACCUGGCUUUUAAUGUAAUUUAUGGAGAGGUUUCCCUUUUCUUGGUCUGUUGCAAAUUCCCUCUUGCCGGGUCGUUAGAAUUGCCAAGCAAUUCAGCUUUCAAUCUGGACUGGUAAAAAGACACUGGGGAUAUAUUUCUUUCUCACCCUCUUCGCUGAUUUAUAGAGCAAAUUUUAACACUCUGGGCAUUGUAAAAAUGUUCAAGGGAACAGAAUGCAACUUAUUUUGUACUGGGGUGGUGAUGGUGGAAAGCUGCACAAAAUUCGCCCUGUGAUUUUUGUUUGUUGUUGUUGUUGCAAUCUUAACAAGCUGUCACACGGGCCCAAUGAAUGGUCCAAUUUUUAGUUAGUGCUGCUCUUAACU